AUGCUUUCUGCGGCUGAAACACCGGAAGCCAGUGAUAGGCCGCCGGACGUUCACGACCCCCAAAGGGCAAGACGUGAUGAGCUCAUGGAGCAGCUUCUGGGUAAAGACUCCUUGCCUAAUGUUGUGCCGGAAAUGCCCCAACCCACUUCAACAGCGGCUCCGGCCACCGUCAAUUACAAGGCUAGCUUGAAUAACAACCCGCACUUCAAGAAUUUGGACCUGCCUGAGGAAAUCGCAUCAGAAGAUGAGGAGUCGGAUGAACUUGCAAAUUCAGACUGCCCUAGAAUCAAGAUUACCAAAGAGGAUAAAGAAAGGAUUAGGCGGCCAUUGCGUCGGACGCUUAUCAUCAAGCUGCUUGGAAGGACGGUGGGCUACGGCUACCUAUCCCGUCGACUCCGAACCCUAUGGAAACCAGAGGCGCAUAUGGAACUCAUUGAUCUUGACCAAGACUACUACCUAGCAAGGUUUGAAUCUCAGAAUGAUUAUGAUGCGGUAAGGUUUGUGGGUCCUUGGAUGAUACUGGACCAUUAUCUUCUUGUUCAGGAAUGGAGACCCAAGUUCAACCCGCUCACCGACUCUGUAGAGAAGAUCCUGGUAUGGGUAAGACUGCCCACGAUCUCGAUCGAAUACUUCGAUGAAGUAAUUUUGAUGCGAAUUGGAAACAAUAUUGGCCGUGCCAUCAAAGUUGACAUUACCACAGGCUUGGCAACCAGGGGAAAAUUUGCUAGGAUUUAUGUGGAGAUCGACUUAUCCAAGCCACUCCUGGCCAAAUUUGAGGCGGAGGAGGAAUGCUAUCCUGUGGAAUAUUAG